GAGCUGGCGGCGAGUCUGGGCAGUCCGCCUCCGCCGGCCGCACGAUGAGGACACACCUGCUGCUGCUGACCGGCCUGCUGGCCGCCGCUGGCGCCGUGUCGCCCCCCUACCGGCCGCCGCCUCUAGGGCCGGAUCCGCCGCGGCCGAUCUGGCCGGUGCGCCCUCCGGGUCCAGCGCGCCCCCCGGGUCCGUCCGUGGACCCGACGCGGCCCCCCGCACCUCGACCACCAGGUGGUGAGGAGCCGGGCUGCACUCCCGGCACCUGGACCUACGACGGCUGCAACGCCUGCCGAUGCACCCAAGAACGUAAAAUAAAGUGCACCAGCAACGUCUGCAGGGAACCGCCCGCAGCCUCCUGCCAGUACGGGCGCACCUACCUGGACCAGUGCGAUAACGUCUGUUUCUGUGACAAGUUUGGCGCGUACCAGUGCCGGCCGCGCGACAUUCCCGGCGGAGGGAUCUGCUACCACGACGGCGUCAAUGGAAAGCCCACGCGCUGCCAGCAGGAGGGCCUCAUCCGAGUCGAGGCGCACACACACUUCUUCUGCCAGGACGGCAUAGUGCACUUCGAAUACGUGGAGGACGACGGCUUCCGCUGCCAGGAGGGCGCCUCCUGGCGGGAGGAGUGUAACACGUGCUCCUGUAUGGGCGGACCGGCGGGGGCGUCCGGCGGCGCCUGUACGCUGAUCGGAUGCCUCUCCAACGCGCCACCACCGCCACGGCCGCCACGGCCGGCGCCGCUCGAGUUCGGAGACGUGGUGUUGCCCGACUACGAGCCGUGUCCCGCCGGCUUCAUCGCCGCCCCCGGCAUGCUCGGCGUCAAGAUCUGCAAGGCUGCCGGCUGCACCCCUGGUGUCGAGUGGAACCUCAGCUCGUGCGAAAAGUGCGUGUGUACUCGGACCGGCGAGCCUGCCUGCACGCCAUGCAUCAGAACGCAGAGUGACUCGACUGUGGUGUGCGGCGAGCGGCGGCCCGUGCUUGGCCUUCCCGUCUACCAGAUCUGCCCGGCCGACUGCGGCCAGCGGUACGACCCCCGGCGCGACUGCAUCCAGUGUCGGUGCGGUGUCGGCAAGCCGGGAGACGUCAACGUCGGUUUCGACGAGCCAUGUCCGCCUGGCUUCGGCCACCGGUCCAGCGGCGCCUUCUUCCGCGCGUGCGGCCCCAUCGACGACCUACCCACUGGCGACUUCGAGGACUGCAGUCCGGGCAGCGACUGCCCGGCGCACUGCGAGUUCGUGCGCCGGUCGCAGAACGGCUGCAUCCAAUGCCUGUGUGAGGGGCGCGAGCUGGUGCCCGUCGCCAACCCGUGCCCGCCGCCCAAAGUGGAAGGCAUCGUCCGCGACGGCAACAAGAUCUGCAAGCCGGCCACCCGAGAAGAGUGCAGCGGCCCCGGCACCGAAUACCAGGUGGGCUGUGACCUCUGUAUCUGCCAGGAGGGCGGUGUGCCCGCCUGCACCCACAGACAGUGCGACACGAGCCCAGAGGAGCAGUCCUGCCAGUACGGGCCCGUCAUUGUAGACGAGUGUAACACGGUGUGCCGCUGUGUCCGCGGCGGUGGACGGUACGCCUGCGGCCGGCGCGGCUGUCCGCCGGGUCGCACCUCGGGAAAGCCGCUCACCUGUCCGGCCCGUCUCCGUGAACUGCCCAGGAUCCGCGGACUGCGCGUCUUCUGUCACGAGGGCAUCGUCAAGGCUCAGCCAAAGGACGAGCGAUGUAUUGAGGGAUCGCGAUUCCUGGACGACGAGUAUUGUAACUCGUGCAGCUGCAGGGGCGGCGGUGCAAUGUGCACCAAGUUAGGGUGCAUCACACCCAUACCUGGACCGUCAUACGGCGACAAGGCGAACCGGCCCGGCCAGUGUCCGUGGAUGGAUGAGAACCCCGCCAUCAGAUGCAUCCACUACAACAAACAGUGCGACGACGACCGGCUCUGCCCGCCCGGCCACAAGUGCUGCGGGGAGAUCUGCGGCCAAAAAUGCCGGCCGGCCUGCGCGCCGGCCUGCGCGCCCGGCCAGCGCUGCCAGCCGGUCGAGCCGCUCCUGGAGCGGGCCGAGUGUGUGCCGGUCAACUACUAGCGCCGCCGUCGUGCCGAGGCCGCGAGCUCGGGUCCCCGUGAUCCAGUCAGCCGACCGCCGAAAUCCCGGACUUUCACCGGACUGUCGUCUUUAGGUGGCGGAAAGGGCCGCUUCUUUGUUGGUAUCCGCUUCGAUGCGUCCAACCCCAAGAUAUCAACGCUGCUUACCAGGGAUGCGGAGUCGGAGCCGGAGUCGGAGCCGGAGCCGCCGGAGCCGGCAUAUUUUGCCCGGAGCCGGAGCCGGAGCCGGAGCCGUGAAACAAUAUAGCCCGGAGCCGGAGCCGGAGCCGGAGCCGCCAAAAAAGGGGGCGACUCCGGCUCCUUUUUAUUUUUUGAAGAGGAAAAAAAUAAUUGACCUGGUUCGGUUUGACAGUACAAGGCAG